CCCUCUUCCUGGGACAGGCUCGUCUUUCGCUUUAAGCUCCUCCUCCUCAGCUUGGCCCGCCUCCCAGCGGGAAGCUUCUAGGUGCGCGCGAAGGGCAUUGUGGGAAGGGACCGUUAGCCGGGGCCGAGCCGUCAAGAUGAUGCCCACACCUGUUAUCCUGCUGAAGGAGGGCACGGACACCUCUCAGGGGGUCCCGCAGCUUGUCAGCAACAUCGCCGCCUGCCAGGUCAUUGCCGAGGCCGUCCGCACCACCCUCGGCCCCCGGGGCAUGGACAAGCUCAUUGUCGAUGACAGAGGCAAAGCAACCAUCUCCAAUGACGGCGCCACCAUCCUGAAGCUGCUCGAUGUGGUCCACCCCGCUGCGAAGACUCUAGUGGACAUCGCCAAGUCACAGGAUGCAGAGGUUGGCGACGGGACCACCUCAGUCACCCUUCUGGCCGCCGAAUUCCUGAAGCAAGUGAAGGCUUAUGUGGAGGAGGGUCUCCACCCCCAGAUCAUCAUCCGGGCGUUCCGCCUUGCUACUCAGUUGGCGGUCGAUAAGAUCAAGGCGAUUGCGGUCACCGUUAAGAAGUCGGAUCACGAGGAGUUCAAGAGCCUGCUGGAGAAGUGCGCCUCCACUGCCCUGAGUUCCAAGUUGAUCUCCCAGUACAAGGACUUCUUUGCCCGAAUGGUGGUGGACGCCGUCAUGAUGCUGGACGACCUCCUGCAGAUCAAAAUGAUCGGGAUCAAGAAAGUGCAAGGGGGGGCUCUGGAAGAUUCCCAGCUGGUGGCAGGGGUCGCUUUCAAGAAGACCUUCUCCUACGCCGGCUUUGAGAUGCAGCCCAAGAAGUACGAGACGCCCAAGAUCGCUCUGCUCAACGUCGAACUGGAGCUCAAGGCCGAGAAAGACAACGCCGAAGUCCGAGUCAACACCGUGGAGGAUUACCAGGCCAUUGUGGACGCCGAGUGGAACAUCCUGUACGACAAGCUGGAGAAGCUGUACGAAUCGGGGGCCAAAGUGGUGCUCUCAAAGCUCCCCAUCGGCGACGUGGCCACUCAGUACUUUGCGGACAGGGACAUGUUCUGCGCGGGCCGGGUCCCCGAGGAAGACCUCAAGAGGACCAUGAUGGCCUGUGGCGGUUCCAUCCAGACCAGCGUCAGCGCCCUGACCCCUGAGGUCCUGGGGCAGUGUGCGCUCUUCGAGGAGGUGCAGGUUGGAGGGGAGAGGUAUAACUUUUUCACGGGCUGCCCCAAGGCCAAGACGUGCACGAUAAUCCUAAGAGGCGGUGCGGAGCAGUUCAUGGAGGAGACGGAGCGCUCCCUCCACGAUGCCAUCAUGAUCGUCAGAAGGGCCAUCAAGAACGACUCUGUCGUCGCCGGCGGGGGAGCCAUCGAGAUGGAGCUCUCCAAGUACCUCCGCGACUAUUCCAGGACCAUUCCGGGCAAGCAGCAGCUGCUGAUUGGGGCGUACGCCAAAGCGUUGGAAAUCAUUCCCCGCCAGCUCUGCGACAACGCCGGCUUCGACGCUACCAACAUCCUCAACAAGUUGCGGGCCAAGCAUGCGCAGGGCGGGACGUGGUACGGCGUGGACGUGAACAACGAGGACAUCGCCGACAACUUCGAGGCCUUCGUGUGGGAGCCGGCCGUGGUGCGCAUCAACGCUCUCACCGCGGCAGCCGAGGCGGCGUGCCUCAUCGUGUCGGUGGACGAAACGAUCAAGAACCCCCGCUCCACGGUCGACGGCCCUCCCAUGGGCCGCGGCAGGGGGCGAGGUCGGCCCCACAACCACUGAAGGCAGUGCAGCCGACGACGGGGUGGGUGGGGGGGGGGGCUAGGUAGUCGAGGGGGUCGUCCGUCUGGUUAAAAUUUAGUUCUCACUCUGGGCAGUUGGGGUCUGCCCGUUUUUGACCGCAGAGAGGGGAGUGCCGCUGCAGAAUUUCUCCUCUCUGGAGAAAAAUCUUUUGCCUCAUCGAGGUUGUGCCGAUCUCUCCUCUUCCCUCCAACCCCCAAAUCUCCUCCCAAGUUUCUCCUUGUCCAUCAGGUUUGAAGCUUUGUGCCCCCCCCCCCCCCCAGAUCUCCGUAGUGUCGGCAUAUUGCCGGGAAGUUCGGGUGGAUGGCGUCCUGCAGUUGUAUUUAUUGGUUUUUGUAUGGGAGGUGUGAGCCUUGGCGCCGACAAAAUAAACAACUUGAAAACCUGU